CUGCCACUUCCCGGUCCGGGCGUGGGGCGGGCGGGGCGCAGAGCUGCGGAGCGGGGCGAAGGCGCUUUGGGGCCGGGUGUGCAGCGGUAGGCGCUUUGCAGCUUUCGUGUGCAGCCUCUCCGAUCGGCGGCUCCAGGAAGCGACAUGUCCAAGCCGCCCCCCAAACCAGCCAAGCCAGGACAAGUUAAAGUAUUCAGAGCUCUGUAUACAUUUGAACCCAGAACUCCAGAUGAAUUGUACUUUGAAGAAGGCGAUAUUAUUUACAUUACUGACAUGAGUGACACCAAUUGGUGGAAAGGCACCUCCAAGGGAAGGACGGGAUUAAUCCCAAGCAACUAUGUGGCUGAGCAAGCAGAAUCCAUUGACAAUCCGUUGCAUGAGGCUGCAAAGAGAGGCAACUUGAGCUGGCUGAGGGAGUGUCUGGACAACCGGGUUGGUGUGAACGGUUUGGACAAAGCAGGAAGCACUGCCUUGUACUGGGCUUGUCACGGGGGCCACAAAGAUAUCGUGGAAAUGCUAUUUACUCAACCAAACAUUGAACUGAACCAACAGAACAAGUUGGGAGACACAGCUUUGCACGCUGCUGCGUGGAAGGGCUAUGCAGAUAUUGUCCAGCUGCUUCUGGCAAAAGGUGCUAGAACGGACUUAAGAAACAAUGAGAAGAAGCUGGCCCUUGAAAUGGCAACGAAUGCAGCCUGUGCAUCUCUUCUGAAAAAGAAACAAGGAACAGUUACCUUUCUACCCAGUGAUCUUGCUGUCAGAUGCAGUUCGAACAUUAAGCAAUGCCGAGGACUAUCUUGAUGAUGAAGACUCAGACUAAUUUCCUCCCAGAGCUUCAAGAGUUAAACCUUCUGUUGCUUUUGCCAUUCCAAACCCUGUCUUUGCCAGAAGAGUAUUGGUAACUAUAAAAAGAAACGUCUAUAUGAAACGUGGCAGUACUGCACUGUAUUUGAGUAGAAUGAGCAAGUGCAUACUUCUCACCUUCAGUUUGCCAACCAGUGACUGCAUACUUUGCUGUAUAAAGUACAGUUUUGUUUAUCAGAGUAGGACUAGGAGAGAUUAUUUCUAUUUAUCAAGCUAAAGAAAUUUUUUGAAUUUUUUUCUUUUAAAAAUCAUGAUAUUUUAUUCUUUAAAGUUCUUUACUUCAAGGAUUAGAUAUUUUGAAUGGAUUAUUCAAGGGGGGGGUAGGCUGGGGUUGUGAUGCUUGUUAUAGUAAUAAACCAAAAGAUUUAACAGUAAAGUGUCAGCUAUUCUGACAAAAAUAAACAUUUUAAAAGACUUUA